UUGGGCUUUCAGCGACUUGGAAUUCAUGAAGCAAGUCGACAGAGAAAAUGGCGGCACCUUAAACUUUCUCGUCACAAACCGCUGCAGCUCGCUCCUCAAUGGCGCCCGACCACAAAUCCAAUCCAAACAAGAAAAGAAAGAAUUACCUCCCCCAAUAUAAGCCAGUGAAAAAGGGUUCUUACCCAUUGCGCCCGGGAGUUGAGGGAUUCUUUAUAACGUGCGAUGGUGGGAGGGAGCACCAGGCAGCAAACGAAGCUAUCAAUGUCAUUGAAUCUUUCUAUGAGGAGUUGGUGGAUGAUGAUGAUGCAGAGUUAAGAGUUGAGCACACAGAAUUACCUAAGAAGCCUUCAAACAAAAUUAUAAAAUUCGCAUCGGAUUCUUCUGGCAGCGACAAUGAUGAUGAUGACGAUGACAAAGAUGCCAAUAAAGUUGAUGCAAAGGAUAUAAACAAUCUAGAGACAGAGGAGGACAAAGACCAAAAGGCUGUUGCCUCAACUGACAAUGGAAAUGAUGAGUUAAGACUUGAAACUGAGAAUGUUGUGCCUUUCGAGAAUCAAGCACUUACAGAGGAAAAGAAACCUGAGAAACAAGAUAUCAAAGAAUCCGAGACACCUGAGAAUCAAGAUAUCAAAGAAGCUGAGGCUCUGGGGCCUCCGGCUAAGAGGCAAUGCACCGAUGCAGAUGCUGCAAACAAUGGAACCUUGUCCAAAAAGGUUGAGACUAAAUCUGUUGAUAAGUUGAUUGAAGCUGAGCUGGCAGAACUGGGAGAUAAGAGCAAGAGGCGUUUUUGUAAACUUGACACUGGUUGUAAUGGUGUUAUCUUCAUACAAAUGCGUAAGAGAGAAGGAGAUCCAAGCACAAAAGAUAUCGUGCAUCGCAUGAUGACUUCUCUUGCUGUAACCAAGAAACACGUCUCGAGGUUUCUUUUAAGGCUGCUUCCAGUUGAAGUAUCAUGCUACCCUUCAGAUGAAGAAAUCAGACGAGCCAUCAAACCUGUCAUCGAAAAGUAUUUUCCUGUAGAAACUGAGAAACCGCAUAAGUUUUCAGUUUUGUAUGAUGCUCGCGCAAACACUGGCAUCAAUCGUGCGAAAGUUAUCGAUGCAGUUGCCAAAUGUGUUCCAUCUAUUCACAAGGUGGAUCUGGCCAACCCAGAUAUAAGUAUUAUGGUCCAAAUUGUCAAGACUGUUUGCUUGAUUGGAGUUGUGGAGAAGUACAAGGAAUUUGCAAAGUAUAACUUGAGGCAGCUUAGCAGCCCCUCAAAUGAGGAGUAAAAUUAAUAUUUUUAUGUUAUGAAAGGCAUGGAUCUACAGAGUUUCUUUUACUUUUUCUUCUUCUAUUUUCGUUAGGAACUCAACUGAAUUACUUGGUGCAUUUGAUAAGAGAUUUGGUGAAUUUAUGUUCUGGUA